AUACUACUGUAUAGAAAGCCGCUUGUUAUGCUGAGCAUUUCUGGCAAAUAAGGUCAGUUUUGUCCCAGGAUGCGACCGACAAUAAUCGACUAACACCCAGGUACCCAUUUUACUGAUGGGGAACAUAGACAACCGGUGUAAAGAAAAACCCAAUGUUUCUACCCUCGCUGGAAAUCGAACCCGGACCCUUGCCGUGUGAAGCGAGAGCUUUAGCCACCAGGCUAUGGGCACUAAGCUGGUGGAAUAAACUUUAUGAAAAGUAUUUUCUGUCUUUGUGAUUGUGACAAUGGCAACAGCAACUGUGAAGGGAGAUGUAGAUGUUGCAGACUAUUUUCCAGAUGUCGGUGAAGACCUCAGCAUAGUCACAUGGGGUCAUGCUAUCAACUCCCAAGAGGAUUUGAAAAAAUACAUUGCAGACCCAUCCAUCAUGAUGCUGGAAGCAGAUGUGUCAGCUGGUCACCUGACUGAUCAGGGGCCUGAUGACCCGCUGAUUCCUAUCAUGGCACAUCCUCCCCACCAAGUUUCUGACCUAUCUUUGGAGAUGUGGAUUGACCAAGUAAUUGAAGCAAACAAGGUAGGAAAGAAGAAGGGAGCCAAGUUAGAUUUCAAAGAUCUGAGUAUUGUACAACAGAGCCUUGAGCUGCUGAAAAGUUACACAGGCCAGAUAAAUUUUCCACUGUGGUUAAAUGCAGACAUAUUAAAGGGCCCAGUGUUGAGUGGCAGUAUAGAGCCCAUAGAUGCUGAUAAGUUCCUCGCUUGGUGUUCAGAGUCCUUCCCUCAGGCAACACUUUCAGUUGGAUGGACAACAAAAUUCACCUCUUCCGAUGAUGAUAAAGGAACAUAUACAAAGAAAAUGGUUGAGGAGAUGUCAGACACACUUGAAAAAAACACCAUCACUCAACCUAUCACAUUCCCAAUUCGAGCUGCUUUUAUUGGACGGUCAUUGGAGUCACUUGAAUGGUUGGUGGAUGCUAUUCCUGAUAGCACCAUUACUGUGUGGAGUUCUGCAUCAGAUGACAUUGAUGUCCAAGCCCUUAUUGCCCUCCGUGAUAAUGUUGGCCAUGAUGUAGUCUACUUUGACCUUCCAGAAAAACAACAAAAAGCUUUUGAUGAAGCCAAAGUAAAAAGCCUCACUAGUGCUGCAGCAAAGUUCAAUUUUUUUCCUCAGAAUAUUAAUGCCUGGGCUACUGCAGGUGUUGCCCUAGCAUCUGCUUUAGCUGCUCUGUAUUUGUAUGAAUAACAAGAGUUGUCUAUCUUGUUGGCUAUUCCAGUUUAUUAAUGAUUAAUGAGUGCUGCCUUCAAGCUACAUUAAUUGAAGCAGGUAUUUAAUGUGCCUUACUACUAUGACAUAAACUACAAUUACAACUUUUGAGUGAAAGAUAAAACUACAGGAGGGCACCCUUCUUACGGCUUAAAGGUUCAUGGCCCAAAACGGUAAGUGAAAAUUGCUGGCAGGUGUGUAAAGCACCUGAUAGCAUGUUAACACUAUCAAAUAUUAGGUGUUCAAUACAGCUAGGCAUAAAAAAAAAGAUAAAUACACUAUACAUACCUAAAAUACAACAUCAGUCGUCCUUCCUUAUGCAACUCUUGUACAAAAAUGGCAGUAAGUGGAAACACAGUAAAAGCACUGAACAUAAUGAAAAAUGACUUACAGUAAUUGAAAACUGCCAAAAUAGUGAGACUGAAAAGGAGCUGAAAAUACAGUGCCCUCCUGUAUAUAUCAUUCCUAAAUACUUUUAUACAGUAGGACUUUGUUUAUCCAAAACCAUUGAUACCAAGGGCGUUCUUGUUAAGAGGGGAGGUGUGUGAUGAGUAAAGGCAUAUAAAAAAAUUGAAAAAUGAGUUAAGCCUGCCAAAAAAAAAAAAAAAAGUUCAAGAAUCUGGCAAUAUUUUGGCGUGUGUCAGCUCUGUACAAUAAUU